AUGGAUGUUAUGUUCUGUGAUUGCCCUAAUUCCUCCGCGUUCCCGGUUUUUCCGGUGGAUGUUUGUCCAGAAAACGAGACUGAAGUCAUUGAAGCCUCGGGGAAACUUAAUUGUUCGUUUGGUUACGACGAGACUAAGAAUGAAUAUCACUGUGUCCCCUUCUCAAACUUCACACAACUUGUCGAGUUUUGUUAUCCGAAAACAAGUGGAUUGAUAGGAAGAGGGCUUUGCAUGGUUCUUUCGAGAAAUACUUUGGAUGCUCACGAGUGCCACCGAUUUCAAGAUGGAUGUCCCAAUAUCCUUUACACUUCUGAGACGAUGUACCAAUUUCCAGCUUGUUCACGGAUCAAUAAAGAAUCCAAAUGCUAUCUGGCAGAUCCUGCGUGUCCUCCUCUCCGGCAAUCUUCAUCCACCACGAUUCACAAUACCACAACUGAUAGAAAUAUCCCAGCGAAUACAGAUAUAAAAAUAAGAAAUAUAAUGAUUGGAAUAUUUAUUCCUUUGGGUCUUCUUUUUCUAUCAGGUUUUGUCUAUUUCAAGUUCAGGAGGCGUGGACGGAGAAAUAAGAAUGAUUCUGCUGAAGAGAAGGAGAAACAUGGUGAAGAGCAGAGGACACUUCUUGAAGAAAAGAGAAAAGAGAGCGGAGAUGAAAAGGAAGAGUUGGUGGAACUUAUUGAAGAGAAGGAAAGCGAAGAUUCUGCUGAAGAGAAAGAGAAACAUAGUGAAGAGCGGAAGACACUUCUUGAAGAAAAGAGAAAAGAAAGCGGAGGUAUAUACACAAAUCAGAAACGCCCAAACACGCCUAUCUACGGAUUUCAGCUAACUGAUGCCGCAGAUAGCGCUUCUGAUAUGCCACUGAAACGAAACCCAACUGUGUGUCACACUGAAUCCCAUUUCUAUGUGUAUAUCAACCAGCACUACAUCAGUAUCCAGUUCCUCAGACUAGGGGAAUUAGUUACCAAGUCAAAACAGGCUAUAGUUCAGGUAAUACAACGGUCAGACGCCCAUUUCGAAGCAAAAGAGGGGAAGUUAAGCAGUGUGUCACUAGAUCACUCAACAUUGAAUGAGUCAGAUUAUGUCUGCCAUCCUCCCAUAGACCGUCUUCACAUCAACAUUAAAUGGAAAAGCAUCGCUCGGGAAGAAAUCGAGAGGCUUUCCCCACACGAAGGGAUGCUAACAAACGAAUUGGCAUAG